AGUUAGACGCGCUCAGUGUAACGAAGCGGUUUAGGUUUUAUAUUCGAUUGGAAGCUUUAGAGUAAAAAGCAAAAGUUCGUCGCCGCUACUUGGGUAUACAGUGAGAUGACUUGAGCAUUGCGAUAGCCCAACUUGCAUACCUAAAUAUUUUGAAGAUCUCUCAAAAAACUUGAGUGGCAGACAGUGCAUUGGAUGACUAAUAACAGCCACACAAUGCAUACGAAUUUGUGGAAUUCUUAUCGGCUAUUGCUCGUUGUUCUGUUGGCCUACUCUGUGUUCACAGAUGCACAAACAAAUAAUAGACCCAAUAUAGUAAUUAUAUUGGCUGAUGAUUUGGGUGUCGAUGAUAUCAGCUUUCGUGGUUCCAAUCAAUUUCUGACACCCAAUAUUGAUGCUUUGGCCUAUAGUGGCGUUAUUUUGAAAAAUCUAUAUACGCCCGCCAUGUGUACGCCUUCUCGAUCGGCAUUACUAACCGGAAAAUAUCCAAUACAUACAGGCAUGCAACAUUACGUCAUUAGAAACGAGGAGCCCUGGGGUUUGCCGCUGAACGAGACGACCAUCGCGCAGAUCUUCAAACAGCACGGCUACUACACCAGCUUAAUAGGCAAAUGGCAUCAAGGGAUGUCAAGUAGAGCAUACACACCAACAAAGCGUGGAUUUGAUCGGCAUUUUGGUUACCUUGGCGCUUAUGUGGAUUACUAUGACCAAACACUGGUUCCUACGCCUAAAAACUUAUCACGCGGUCACGAUUUCCGUGAUAAUCUUGCUGUGUCGCGCCAAUAUAUCGGCAGCUAUGUCACCGAUGUGCUCACCGAAGCAGCAACAAAACUGAUAAGCGAACAUGAUGUGACCAAACAACCACUAUUUUUGCUACUAAGUCAACUGGCACCGCAUUCCGGUAAUGAGGAUGAUCCGCUGCAGGCGCCAUCAGAGGAAAUAGAGAAAUUUGCAUACAUUAAAGAUAACGAAAGGCGAACAUAUGCAGCUAUGGUUUCCAAACUGGAUCAAAGCGUAGCUUCUGUGAUUGAUGCGCUCGCGCAGAAAAAUAUCCUCAACAAUACAAUUAUAGUCUUUCUCUCCGACAAUGGUGGGCCGACGAGAGGAAUGCACUCCACUACCGCCUCCAAUUAUCCCCUCAAAGGUCAAAAGAAUUCGCCCUGGGAAGGUGGUAUACGCUCAUCCGGUGCCAUCUGGUCGCCGUUACUCGAAAAUUUGGGCACCGUUUGGAAGCAACAACUCUAUAUUGCCGAUCUUCUACCCACCUUAGCGGCUGCAGCCAAUAUACCACUCGACACGCAACAACUGAAGCUCGAUGGGCUGAAUCUAUGGUCCGCACUAAAAUAUGGCUAUGAUGCGGUGGAGCGUGAGAUUGUGCACAAUAUUGACGAUAUCUACAAUUACGUCUCGUAUGGCAAAGGAAAAUGGAAAUUUAUCAAUGGCACCAUCAAUAAUGGUUUAUAUGAUGUUUGGAUGGGUGCACGUAACAAUGCAAGCAACGAUUUUGACUUUGAUCCGCGUGCAGCCGCCUAUGAAGAGGUCAUAAUGAAUACGACGGUUUGGCAGCAGCUGGCCGGUGGGGCGUUGGUGCAGCGCAAUGUCAAUAUAACAAAGUUGCGCGAGGAAGCGGCAAUCUACUGCCUAAUGGCCAAUGCAUCGCAAGGUGUAGCAUGCGAGCCAUUGUCGGAACCUUGUCUCUUCGAUAUCGAUGUGGAUCCGUGUGAACAAAACAACUUAUACCCAGCAAUGAGUGGUGGUAAGGUCGUGCAGGAGCUGCAAAAACGUGUGGCGCAUUUCCGCGAGACGGCACAUGCGCCGAAUAAUAAACCUUUAGACAUGAACGCUAAUCCGGCAUUGCACGAUGGCGAAUGGGGUUGUUGGGAAGAUGCCGAUGAAACGGAUGGUGUUGCGGCGCGAUUGCCAUUUAGUGUAAAGGCCGUUUUAUGGGCGUGUGCUAUAUUGAUAUUCACAUUUUGAAGUAUUAUUUUAGUCAUAGUAAUAAAGAAACAGAGCAAAUGUAGAACGCACUCCAGUUGUAACGAAAAUAAAAAUUGUAUUGUAUUUAUAAAUAAAAGGGAAAUCCAAAAAUCAUUUGGUUUCUGAACUAAUACCUAUAUAUGUACAUA